CUCAUCACCUCCCUCUUAGAGCUUUUACAAAAAUCAACUUGGUUUUUUCUUCUCUCUCCCUCUUUGGUUUUUCCUUUUUCCCACAAACCCCCUACAAUUAAUAUCAUAUCUCAAAUAUUGUCAUAUAUUAUAUUAUAUUAUAUUAUAUAUUAUCACAUCAUUUUCUAUUAUCCCUUCUUCUUCUUCUUUUUCUUCUUCUUCUUCUUCUUCUUCUUCUUCUUCUUCUUCUAAAGUUCCUCUCUAGGUUUUGAGUCCUUACCUUUUCCUUUUCCUCUCACUCUCUUUGCUAAUUCUUCAGUUAAAGUUGAGAAAGCAAAUUCUGUUUUUUUUUUCUCCUUCCAUCUUGUUAAAGCAAGUUUUAUAGCUCUCAAAACCCACAUCAACAGUUUCUUCCUUUUCCCUCUUUUCUCUCUUUAAUUUCCUUCUUUAGGGAAACUUCUUUCUCUUCCCUGAAGAUCUUUCUCGUGUGAAAAAAAAAUAAAUCAAAACUUCUUCUUCUUCUCUUAUAAUUUCUCAUUUCUAAACAAAACCCAGUUUGUAGAAUUCAAUUUUAUUAAGUGGGUUGUGAAAAAGUUUUCUUUUUUCCUUCAAAGUCAUGAGAUUUUACUAUACCAACUUGAUAUAUCAAGCUUGAAAGAUAGCAUAUUAUAUCUUUGAUCUCCUUUUAAUCCCAAAAAACGACGAUGACGACGAGUAUGGCAAGUACGAAGAGCAAUUUGGGGUCAAUAACGAGCUCGGAUCUUAUCGAUGCGAAGCUAGAGGAGCAUCAAAAGUGUGGAUCAAAGCAGUGUCCGGGUUGCGGACACAAGCUAGAAGUGAAGCCGGAUUGGUUAGGUUUACCAGCAGGUGUGAAAUUUGACCCAACAGACCAAGAACUGAUAGAACAUCUUGAAGCUAAAGUAGAAGCCAAAGAUGACAUGAAAUCUCACCCUUUGAUUGAUGAGUUCAUUCCUACAAUUGAAGGUGAAGAUGGGAUUUGUUAUACUCAUCCUGAAAAGCUUCCUGGAGUUACAAGAGAUGGAUUGAGUAGACAUUUCUUCCAUAGGCCAUCGAAAGCUUACACAACAGGAACACGAAAACGAAGAAAAAUCCAAACGGAAUGCGACUUCCAAGGUGGUGGUGGCGAAACACGGUGGCACAAGACCGGAAAAACGCGGCCGGUUAUGGUCAAUGGCCGCCAAAAGGGCUGCAAAAAAAUCCUUGUUCUAUACACCAACUUCGGCAAAAAUCGAAAACCCGAAAAAACCAACUGGGUUAUGCACCAAUACCAUUUGGGCCAACACGAGGAGGAGAAAGAAGGAGAGCUUGUUGUUUCUAAGAUUUUUUACCAGACACAACCCCGCCAGUGUAAUUGGUCCUCCUCCGACAAGCCCGUCAGCAUUGGUGUUGGCCCCGAGCUUAGCGGCGACAAUCUUGUUCUUAGUAGUAGAAGGGAGAGUGGGAGCGGGAGUUGUUCGUCUUCUCGAGAAAUGGCCACCGGCCAGAGAGACGAAAUGUCCUCCGUGGCUGGUAGUGGUGGUCGUCUUUGUCCUCCGCCACAUAUUGCUGCCGCAACUUACGGCGGAUUGGAUCAUAUUCAACAAUUCAAGGCUGAUCAUUUUAGCUUUGGUUCUUUCAGAAGAACCUUUGAUGAGCCUGGCAUUGGAGAAGCCUCAACAGCAAGAGAAGCGGCCCCGACGGAGGAUAUCGGAGACCACCACCACCAUCGCCACCAUCUUCAACGGCAGCACCACCAUCCGAUGGUGUCUACCGCAUUUCAAAUCACUCGUCCAUCAAAUCCAAUCUCCACCAUCAUCUGUCCACCUCCUCUCCACCAUUCCUCGAUCAUUCUCGACCACGACUCGUACCGAGUUUCUCCAUUAAUGCUGCAAAAUGAAGGCUUUCAGCAACAGCAAGAACAGCAACAACAACAUCAUCAUAAGCUAGGAGGAAGGUCUGCUUCUGGUUUGGAAGAACUCAUAAUGGGCUGCACUUCAUCUAAUAUCAAAGAAGAGUCAAACAUGGCAAACAACCCUCAAGAAGCAGCAGAAUGGAUGAAGUACUCUCCUUUCUGGCCUGAACCUGACAACCCAAAUCAUCAUUGAUAGAACCAAAAACAAUUAUCU